AUCCACAACGCGACGACCGAUGACGCGGCGUGCGUCGCCAAUUGGGGCGUGCACGUGCGGCCGUUCUGGCCGUCGAUCGUGUUUGGCGGCACCGACGCGUUCCGGCAGUCGAGCAACAUUGUCUUUAGCAACGGGGAUUUGGACCCGUGGUACCCGACGGGUUUUACAACGUCCUUGAGCGACUCGGUCGUGGCGCUUCUCAUCCGCAACGGCGCGCAUCACCUCGACCUCAUGUUUAGCCAUCCGCUCGACUCGCAUGCGCUUCGACGCGCCCGUGACACGGAGCGUGACCACAUCCGCCGGUGG